GGAAGGUUGUAGCACUGUAAUCUCGUAAAAUCAUCUACGGAUAUUACAUAAAUCGUCGUUCGUGAUAAAAAUUUCGGAUGGAUAAUGCUCUCAGCCUUGCAUUGUCCUCCAAUAUGACACCCAACAUACACGUUGAUCUCGUGAACCCCACUGUAUCCAAGGAAUCCGAAUGGAUUGGAACCAACAAGGAAUACUGUGAUGUCCCAACUCAUGUCGCGGAUGUAAAAAGUGAUCGGCUUCCCGUCCCACAAAGCUAUGAGGGUCCCGUCCCCCGACCUCCCAGUCACAGAUUUCCUCGCCCUCAGGCUUCCGCGUGUUUCCAACAGCAUCGUUACCACCAAGCUGCAGCUUUGGUUCAGCGACAGUGAACCUACAACAAACCCUGAUUGCCUCCUCACUCGAGCCAUCCCAUCUCCCCAGUUUCUCAAGCGCCUUGAUGGAGCCUUUGGUCAGGCAUGGUUUGAUGGAUUCUGGAAACGAAUGGUUAGCUUGGUUCAGAGUCAAGAGAAGUGGGCCGAAAGCUUACGAUGGGUGGAGCGGGAAAGGAAUAGACCUGGUUUGGAUCAGGAGACCCAGGAGACCCUGGAUGAUGCACUCGCGAUGUUCGACACCAUUGGAUGGCACUGCAAGCUUGGAUACCUCCGAGGAGCAACCUCUGCCAUUUGCCUGACAGACAUACUGGGCACGGCAUGGUUGUCAGAUGAUCACAUCGACAUGAUGAUGGAGGAACUCUCCAAGAAUGUUGCUACAAAUGCAGACCUGACGGACAGAGUCAUGGUUGCGCCCCUGGCUUUUGCAAAUGAGAUUGAGGAGAAUGGAAAGGCAGGCACAUACGACAAGAAGGGGGGCGCAGUACUGCUACGCCGAUAUAAGAAGCACGUAACCGAAAAGAAAACCGAGAAGCUCCUUUUCCCUGUCAAUAUCAACAAGAAUCAUUGGUUAGCGGCGUUCAUCGAUUUCCGCAAUGGAAAGAUUGGGUACGGUGACUCGUUCUCUCACAAAUCGGGCGCACCACGAAAAUUUAUGUUUGCGCUUCGUCGGUGGCUCAAGACUUGCUUCGACCUUGACCCGGAGGAUGGAGGCGAUUGCAUGCCUCAUGGACAACAAAACGACACCUUCAGCUGUGGGCCUGCGACAGGGAAUACAAUUGCGCAUGACAUACUUGGUUGCCCAGUGUGGAGCCCCAAAACAGCCGUUCUUGAGCGAAAUCAGAUUGGCAUGUCGCCAUCGCAAGAUACUGGUGCUAUGCAAGCCGCCACUGCUGGGAGGUCUGAAAUGAAUAUUGAAGUCAGCAUUGCAAUCGCGAUUGGUGAUCACAACUUUUUUGACCUUGCUGAUUUUGUUGCUGAAAGCAACGACCACAUCCAACCUCAUCCUCGUGAUCAGCAACAUAUCUCUCUCCUCAAGCUCCUCAACCCCGAUGAUGCACCCCAUGAAUCUGAGACCAGAGAUCUCAAUGAAGACGUUCAUAGUGAAUCUGAUGAGGACGUCAAUUUGAACGAAUAUCCCUCGUCAUUUGCGGAGGAGACAGGUGCAACUAGUGAGGUUGAUCUAUCAGAGGAGAUGAAAGGCGGCGAGGAACGAACGGUGGCGGAUGAAGAACAAGUCAAGAAGAACAAGUUCAUGUCAUAUUUUACUGGGUGUGGGAAUGAAAAAUCAGUUCGGGAAAAGGAGACCAAGCUGAAACGAAAAAGAGAACCUAAAGAAGACAUUGCUAGCCCAUCGAAAUCAGGUUCUGACAGCGACGUCAGUAAUAGGGCAAAAGGAGUAAACAAAAAAGCUCGAGCAGGAACGGGGGGAAGCAAGGCCGCCACGUAUUCGCGCUCCAAGCGAGAAUCAUUUCGAAAGGGCACUCUUAAAAUUGACGACAACGCUCUCGAGAACUGGAAGAAACAAAUACUCAUCGACGACCAGCACGCAGAGUUUGAUCCAUCUAAUGUAACUCGUAUCCGUCAUUCUGGAUGUGGGCGUUAUUUCCAGGUCAAGGAACCACUAGAUCUCACACGUUGGCGAACUCACAUGAAAGAGUGCAAGCCAAACAAGAAGAGUGCCAAGACUCGCUCAUUGUUUGCCAUGGGAUGGGGGCAAAAAGCUGGAGGCGAUAAGGCGAAGACCGCUCAGAACGUCAACGCUAGCACCGUCCCCACGAAACCCUGCCCUGGUCUUACUGAGCUGGACGAUGGUCGGGUUCCAAAGUACCUGUAUCGAAGUGCGGCACCCGGUGGAGGUGGAAAGAGUACUCAAUCCAUUGCGAAAGAGAAGUUCAACCAGUUGUUUAGCAAGUUGUCGAAACAGAGGAAGAAUGAAGUCUUGGACCAUCAGCGACAGGGACACACAGCCAUCAAAAGCUUCGCGUCUUUUCCACGACCUGUCAAAAGGAUGUACCUGAUCGAGCGCCCAACCGCGCCCUUCCUUGCGAAUGAUGUCAAAGUGUUUUAUCCUCCAAAGGGUUCAGAGCUGCUCUACGAAAGCCCACACCAUUGCCUGAAAAUCAGAUUUAUGUCAACACAAUCACUGUGGGAAGCGUUUGCACCCCGUAUGAGUGCUUCAUUACACUUGAGCCAACCACCUAUUGGAAUGAAGACAACCGGCGAGAUUUCACUGACCUUAGAACUCAAACAUCGCACUGGGGAGAAGCACCGAGAAGAUGUGGUCAUUCGAAAAAGGGCGAGGAAUAGCUGCGUAAUUGCGGCGGUUGUGUUUAGCGUGCGACAUGGAAGCGCCUUCAUUUUCUGGGAGAUCUGUAUAAACUCCGUGCAACUGGCACAAGGGGACAGAGCAACUCUGGCUUGUGUCGCGUGGGGCGUGGAUCGACUUCUCAAAGGCUGCCUAACCGGUGCCGCGUGGCGUGGAACGUCGACACUUCAAGUUGGUCGACACUCAGCCAACGUCGCCUAG